AAAGAAGGAAAUUUAAAAACUUAUGUCUUUUUUUUUUUUUUUUUGUUACAGAGAAACGUAGUAAAUAACUAGGAGAAGACAGUUGUUUCUAGUGCCUGUUUUUAGCUAAGAUAACGGGGGUUAAUUAUUAAACCUUUUACUUAGUUGCUCACUUGUGUUCCUGAUGCUUUAAUCCUGGGUCGCAGAAAGUUUAAGAGUGCUUUACAGGGGAGACUCGACUUCUUUUUGCCUCAACCUUUCCAUGCUGACGGAAUGUUACGGGCUUUGCUGCUUAUACUCUCUGUAGUUGCUAUUGCUCAUGCUGAGCUCUGCAAACCAGAUGCACAGAAUGCUUUCAAAGUACGGAUUAGCAUCAAAACAGCUUUGGGGGACAAUGCAUAUGCCUGGGAUGCUAAUGAAGAGUACCUCUUCAAAGCAAUGGUGGCUUUUGCAAUGAGAAGAUAUUCCAGCAAGAGCACAACUCAAAUUUCCAAUGUGCUGCUCUGCAAUGUGACAGAUCGGGUGUCAUUUUGGUUUGUGGUCACAGAUUCUUCCAAAAAUGUGACAACUGUUCCUGGAAGUGUGGUAGAGGCAGCCAUCAGGAUGAACCGGAACAGAAUCAACAGUGCCUUUCUACUGAGUGACAAAACACUGCAGUUCCUGAAGAUAACCUCAACCUUAUCACCUCCCGUUGAACCCUCUACGCCUGUCUGGCUUAUUGUAUUUGGUGUUGUUCUUUGUCUCAUUGUGGCUGGGAUUGUUUUCCUCAUUGUUUCAGGGAUUCAGAAACACAAGAAAAAGAAUAAAGAGUCAACAGAGAGAGAAAAUUUAGAAGAGAAAGUUGAAGUGACAGUAACAUUAGAAAAUGGGCUGCCUUGUGAAGUGCUGGAUUUAAAAGCAGGCCACAUUAAUGGUGUCUUUCCAGCAGAUGAUGAACGGUUCACAUCCUUAUGAAAUGCUGCGAUUGCUAUCUGGUCGUUUUCUGAGAGACUCCUGUGCCUACCUUAUCUCGUCACUACUCCUGAAUGUCAAACAUGAAGACAAGAAAAACAUCCUUUCACUUAAUUUCCCUGGAGAGAACCUUGUGCUGAUAAUACAUACACUUGAACCUCCAUUACAAAGCUUUUGUUCAUGAACAACGCAAAUGAGAAGGCCUCAGAUAAUAUCCAGAAAAGAUUUCCAGAAGAUGUGUGACAGAACAGGGUUGAAACCUGCCGUGUGUCAGGCAUUUAAUUUUUAAUGAUUAUUUAAAUAUGUCCGUUGCUUUUUGUCCCUGAUGUAAAUGUGAAACUGCAUUAUUCCUGAAUGUCGCUGGGGAGAUCAUCUAUCAUUGUCAAUUCUUGAUGGGUUUUCUUUCAAACCAUAUGCUAAAGUUUCUCUGUAAAAUUACUUUUGUUUGCUGAUAUGUAGUGUGCCUUUGGAUGGAACAAUGAUCAGUGCAUGAAAGUUUUCAUUUAUUGAGAAACAAAAAAGUGAGCUUUCACAGCCUCUGUAAGACCAGGUCAAAAAGCAUGUGGGACAUAUGUAGCUUUGAGGCUAAGAAACAUCUGGUACUAGAAGUGUUUUUCACUUAACAAAGUCACAGAAUAUAUGACCUGGAAAUAAAAACUUCCAAAACUCUAAAAUUUGUAGAAAUUAAAAGUUGUGACAAAGA